AUGAAAUUGGCUUCGCCUGACCGCCAGUUCUUUCGUGCCCAAACGUAUCGCUAUUUUUAUGGAGGGUUAUUUUUUAAUUUUUUAAAUGCAUCUAUCUAUCUAUCUAUCUAUCUAUCUAUCUAUCUAUCUAUCUAUCUAUCUAUUAACAAUAACAUAGAUUGUUGUCAGCGUCGCAUCCAGCAAACCAAAGAUGUUGAAGCUUCUUGUUCUUACACUUCUGCUCACCACGACGAUUACCGUCAAUGCCGAGGGGCUAUUGGAAUGUUGAGAAAUGUAGCUAUACCAGUCCUUAACAAGCAAGUUGGUUUAGUCAAAGCGCACAUUGAUGGGCUCUUAGCUUUCUUCCAAGACAAAGAAGGUGAUAUUGAAGUCCCAAACACUCCUUUCAGCAUCCAUUUCGUCGCUGAACGAUGCCGGUUGCUUGGGAAACGACUUCUGAUCGUUGAUUUCCAGAAAUGCAAAGCGAAAGCCACCGAAUCCCAGACGGGUUUGAGUGCAACAUGUGAAAAGGGAUCACAGAAGGCAGCUAUCGAAUGUGCCACCGAAGAAGUCCUCAACUUGGUGAAACUUGUUUCCCUUGCACUGAAGAAAAAAGAGCAAUAA